CCAAGUAGUAUCUCCACGUCAAGCGUAUCAAAGGUCGGUAGUAGCUACAACUUGGAGACAGAUAUUUAGAUCAUCAUGCCACUGAAGAAAGUACCUAAUAUCAUUUCACCGGAUUUACUGCAUGUGCUUGCGCUCAUGGGUCAUGGAGACGAGAUAGUAUUUGCUGAUGCCCACUUCCCCUCGUCCUCCAUCUGUCGAAGCGGUCCAAGGGAGCUGCGCGCUGAUGGUCUAGAUAUCCCGUCGCUGUUAGAGGGAGUCUUAGAGCUGUUUACCCUGGACCAAUAUGUAGACAAACCGGUGGGCAGAAUGGAUCUGGUUGAUUCCGACAAGGCAAAGAAGCUCCCGACCCCAGUCUGGGACAAAUACAUGGCCAUUAUCAACAAGGCAGAGGGCAAGGAAGUUCCCUUGGAACUCAUUGAGAGAUUUGAAUUUUAUGAGCGAGCCAAGAAGGCUUUUGCCAUUGUGCAUACAGGGGAAACUGCCCAGUACGGCAACAUCAUACUAAAGAAGGGAGUCUGCUUGUAGGCUCACAACUUACAAGUAUUCAACAUAUAUGUGCAAUGAAAGAAUAAUUCCAAAUGAGAUUUAUUAUAUCAAAUUUUAAGAAUUAUUUCAUUAUUUAAAAAAUGAUUGAUGCUCAAUCAAAUGUGGGUUUGAAGCUAUUAAUUUCAUCAAAAUGAUUGGCCUGUGUUCAGACAUCUCUCACUAAAGUAGCAUGAAGCUAUUGGGGGUAGAUCUUGCUGAGCAGGCAGUGGGUGCAACAUUUUACUCGAGGCCAAACUCAAUUAUUUGUUUUACAGACAUGCAUGUCAUUUUUUAGCCAUUUGUCAAACUAAAAAUGGGAAUCUUUGGUACGCCAUGCCUUUCAGUUGGGUAGCAAGCCACUAUCAAAUUUGACAUGUUUGUUUGUUGUUAAUUUUCGAGCAGAAUGAUAGAGGUUUGAAAAUACAUGUAAUACAGCCUGGACUAGACAGUCCAGUCAAUGACAUCUUGAACGACGAUACACAGAAAGUGGGAAAUGAUGACAAGCGACUCGAGGACCUAUAGUCUUACCUGGAAUUCUUGCUGGUUUUGACAUGAAAUGAUCUCACAGUGAAUUACAUAACCUUUGAAACUGGAAUACAAGACUAGUCCACUGGGAAACUGUCGAGCUCACUUGAUUGCGAGGGAUAUUUGUUUGUAAAUGGGCAUUUAGUUUUGUGCCACAAUGGAGUAGUUUUUGUUAUGUUUUCUCACUUGCUACGAGCUGGUAGUGUUUCAUGUGGACUGUAUUAUGUGUGGGUGUUUGUUUGAGGAUUGUAUGUCUGAGUGAUUAUAUUUUGGAAUAAAGAUAUUUUAUUAAA